GAGCCUAUGUAUCUCUUCAUCAUCAAUGGCUAGGAAGACAAAACUUAGGAGGAUAGAAUCAGUAUCAGUACCCCACCAUGUGGUAGAGCUAAUCAUGGAGAGACUCCCUGUGAAGUCUCUGCUGAGUUUCAAGGCUGUGUCGAAGCAAUGGAAAUCAACGAUCGAGUCCGGGUUCUUCCAAGAAAGACAGUUGAAGCAUCGUCAGCAGUCUGGAGAUCAAGAUGUUCUCAUGGUGUCUUCAACUUCUCUAAGAACACUUGUGUUUGGUUCACUAUCAUCAUCAUCAUCAGUCAAAAUCCCUUGGGGAAACGAAGACUACUUAGUUUGUCAGAGCAGCGUGGACGGCCUCCUUUGUCUGUACGAUACUGACCAACCUGGUUUUGUGGUGAACCCCACAACAGGAUGGUAUCGGCCUCUUCCUCUCUCGAGAUUACAACAACUCAUAAUCGGCUUAGGAGACGGUUACUACAAGCUUGAACACGCAAACUUCGAUCCUGGGUUCGGUAAAGACGAGUUCACAGGAACACACAAGCCCGUCUGGCUCUACAACUCUUUCGAAAUAGGUCUUGAAAACGCUACCACGUGUGAGGUUUUCGACUUUCAGACCAACUCUUGGAGGUACGUCACACCCUCAGCUCCUUGUCGGAUUCUCGGAGGUUUGCCCACUCCUGUGUUUGUAGAUGGGUCGCUUCAUUGGUUCACAGAGUGUGAAGAAACCAAGGUGUUGUCCUUCGAUCUUCGCACUGAAACUUUUAAAGUCAUCUCUAAAGCUCCCUUUGCAUCCAAUGAACGUCGUCAGUUGAAUAUUCUUUUGUGCAACCUCAACAACCGCUUGUGUGUAUCUCAGAAGAAGAAGUUUGACCAAGUUAUAUGGUCGUUCAAUUCAUUCAACAAGACAUGGGACAAGCUCUGGUCCAUAGAUAUUAAUCGAACUCGGCUUUCCUUUGGUUUCCCAUCAUUAUGCGCUCUCUCACCACUAGCAAUUUUUGUGGAGAAGGAGAAGAAGAAGAAGAAGUUGUUGUUUUAUGAUCAGGGUGACAAUCAAACGCUGGUGAUACAUGACCCUGAAACCCAAUCACAUGAUGUUGCUUUUUCUGAUAAAUCCAUUGGAUAUCCUGUUUGUUAUUUUCCAAGUUUAAUCUCUAUUUGAUCAUUGUUAAUUGUUAAUAUCAAUCAAGGUUAUUGUGUACUUGUUUCAUAGUAUUUGAUUUUUUUUUUCU